AUGGAUGCCCACCGUCACAAUUGGCUCGUCAACACUAGGGUGCUCUACAAUUUUAUCAGCAGCAUUCGGCUGCCACACCAGCCGAUUGCUGUGGAGUUCCUGCCGGAACUGCCGGGGCGUCGCGAACCCGCCGGGGAUGUCGCGUUCUGCCAAUUGGCCUGCGGUCUGCGGUCGGAGCAGGGAGAGAAGGUCGCUCUUUACUUGCUAGAGGUGGCCCUGCCGGCUCAGCCCAUAAGCGAGGAAAUUCGCCGCUACAGCAAAUGCUUGGACUACGAGGGGUUCCCGCUUCCGGGCUACCCCGAGCCGAUGUACCAGUGCAUCACCAAGGCUGAGCUCGACUGCGGCAUACAAAGCCUGAAAUCUCACAGCUACAACGACAAGUGCUUCCUUGCCGCGAAACAAAAGGAUGUGUUCAUCUUCAAGCUUGAGGGUGGUGUCUCCGAGGAACGAGACAUGAAGCCGUUGCACACGUUCCAGGAUCACGAGGAAGAGGGAUACGGCCUGGCGUUUCACAAGGUACGGCCCAUGUUGGGGUCCUGUUCCGAGGACGGGCGCUUCAACGUCUGGGAUGUUUCGGAACUCGCACCUGUGUACCAGUUCAGCUCGCCCGUGGUGCUGAACUCCGUGGAGUUGCUUGAACACGAGAACCAGGCGCUUGUCGCCGCGGAGGACGGCCACGUGCUCAUCAUGGACUUAAGGCAGCCCGUCGUCGCCGGCAAGACCGCCAAGGUCGACAGCGCCGUCAACACCCUGACAAUCCACUGCGUCAACACUGACAUCUUCGCCUCCGGAACCGCCAGCGGGCUGUGGGACAUACGCAAGCUAGACGCGCCUUUGAGCGGAAUCCAGGCGCACGAUGCUGCCGUCAUCAAGCUCCAGUUCAACCACUAUUUCCCCAUGCUGAUUGGCAGCGCCGCUGAGGAUUCCACCGUGCGCGUCUUCGACCUGGAGGCCCCAUACAGCGAGGACGAGGAUGCUACCCCCACGAACGACGAGGAAUGUGAUGGCGAACCCAUCGAGCUGCUGUUCACGCACGUCGGGCACCGCGAGCACGUCUACGACUUCUGUUGGGGUACUGAGGAGCUUACUGAGACGUACAUUGCCUCCGUGGGCGAUGACUACGGCCUCCAGCUUUGGCAGAUUACCGACGACGUGCUGGACUUCUCGGCGUAA